AUGCACAGGAAACUUCCUGCAACUUCACUGGAGGCGACUAAUGCUGUGUUGAUGCGGGGGAAAAGCCUGCAUGGCCCCUGUCCUGGCCAAAACGCCGGACGACCGCUCCCAGAAAGUCCGGCUGCCCAGCAUCAACAAACUGUUCCCGCGCCCGGACCAGCCAGCGGACCCCUUGUUCCAACCCGCACAGCACUACGUCCACAGCCCGCUCGUGCCUGCCGUGUACACGGGGCAGACGAUGUUCCCGCUGCCGCAGCCCGCUGGGCCGGCGGCCGUGGCCAUGAGUCUGUCCGAUUCGCAGGAGUCGGUGCUUUCGCCCGCGAGACGCAAGUCGCUCUCGCGCGACAGCCGUUUCAAAUGCGACCAGUGCCCCAAGUCGUACACAAGAAAACACAACCUGGUGUUCCACAAAUUGAGUGUGCAUGA